CUUAUGAGUUAUAUACUUUAAAAAAAAAAUUUUGUUCAAUUAUCUCAACUCUAAAAUAGAAAUUAACGUAAAAAUAUACUCAAAGAAACAUCAUGGUGCUUACGCACCUGAGAUUAUUAAGUACCGUUAUUUUAAUCUUUAUUGUAAUUGAUAAGAUAGUUGCAGUAAUAAACAUAACUGAAAGUUAUGUGACAAAACAUCAAAUUCCAUCAGAUCGACUGCAUUUGACAAAAGACUUGAUGUCCUCAAAACCAUGGGAAUUGACACAUCGCCUAUCUCAAUAUAUUCACCCUAAGCAAUAUAUCAUCAACUUAUAUCCUAAUCUUGAGAAAGGCACUUUCUCGGGUUCUGUAGAUAUUUUAUUAAUGGUUGAUGAAAUUCAGAAUUACAUAAAAUUACAUUCUAAAGGGAUGACUAUCAAUGAAACAGUUUUAAAUAACAAUAUUGUUAAAGCAUUUUCAUACCCUGAACAUGAAGCAUGGAUUGUUGUUCCUGAAAAAUCAUUGAAUACUGGUGAACAUAAAUUACAAAUAAAGUUCGAAGGAAAUUUAACCAAUAAAAUAAUUGGAUUUUAUCGCAGUGUAUAUAAUGAUUUUGAAACCAAUGAGCAAAAAUUUAUUGCAACUUCAAAGUUUGAACCUACAUAUGCUCGUCUUGCUUUUCCAUGUUUUGACGAACCUCAACUUAAAGCAAAGUUCAAAAUUAACCUUGUUCGCCCUACUGGUAAUAAUUACAUUGCUCUAUCAAAUAUGAACCAAGAGUUUGAAGAACCAGGUGUUCCUUCCAGUGAAUUAACUACUGUUCAUUUUGCAAAUACAGUUCCUAUGUCAACUUACCUAGCAUGCUUCAUUGUAUGUGACUUUCAGUCACUUGAACCUGUUAUAACUGAUCAAGGAUUUCCAUUAACUGUAUAUGCAAGACGUGGGCAAUCAGAUAAUAUGAAAUAUGCUCAAUAUGUUGGUCUUAAAUCAAUUAAUUAUUAUAUAAAUUAUUUUGGUAUUCAAUAUCCUUUGCCUAAAUUAGAUCUUAUAGCCAUACCAGAUUUUGUUUCUGGAGCCAUGGAACAUUGGGGCCUUGUAACAUUUAGAGAGACUAGUGUUCUAUUUAAAGAAGGUGUCAGCUCUAGCUCUAAUCAAGAACAAGUAGCAUUAACAGUUGCUCAUGAAUUAGCUCAUAUGUGGUUUGGAAAUUUAGCUACUAUGAAAUGGUGGAAUGAUCUGUGGCUUAAUGAAGGAUUUGCUUCCUACAUGGAAUUCAAAGCAAUUGAUGUUGUUCAUCCUAAUUGGGAUGUUGACACAAUUUUUCUAGUACAUAGUUUGCAAUCUGUACAGUCAUUGGAUGAUAAAAUAAGCUCACAUGCUAUCGUUCAAGAUGUUUCACAUCCAGACCAAAUUACUGAAAUUUUUGAUCGAAUUUCAUAUGAUAAAGGUUCUUCUGUUAUACGCAUGUUGGAAGGAAUUCUUGGCAAUAAUGUAUUUCAAGCUGGUGUUAGUGCAUAUCUUAAAAGAAAUGAAUUCAGUAAUGCUGAAACGGAUGAUUUAUGGGCAGAAUUACAAGCAGCGGCUCAAAAUUCUGUUGAUGUAAAAAAGGUGAUGGAUACUUGGACUCGCCAAGCAGGUUUUCCUGUUGUAACAAUUAAAAGAAAUGGUUCAAAAAUAACACUAAGUCAACAAAGAUUUUUAGCUGAUUCAAAUGCUAAUUAUUCUCUAGAGUCAUCUCCUUACAAGUAUAAAUGGGAAAUUCCAAUUACAUAUAUCACAUCAAAUGAUAAUAGCAUCCAUGAAAUUUGGUUACAUAAAGAUCAAAAUUCAAUUACUGUGGACAUUCCUGGAGAUUUUGAUUGGAUAAAAUUCAAUCAUAGACAAAUUGGAUAUUUCAUGGUGAAUUACUCUGAGAGUGAUUGGUCAUUAUUAAGUAAUUUAUUAGAAAAAAAUAUUAAUGCACUAAAUGCUGCUGAUAGAUCAAAUCUUAUUCAUGAUGCUUUUAGUUUAGCUGAAGCAAGUCAUUUACCAUACAGUGUUGCUUUGAAUAUAACAAAGUACUUAGUUACUGAAAAUCAUUAUGCUCCAUGGUAUGUUGCUGCAUCUAGUUUGAUUAACUUAAGGAUAAAUUUAUACUAUCGACCUGCUCAUUACAAUUUAGAUAAAUAUAUUCAAAAUUUAAUAGGACAACUUAGUCAAGAUUUUUGGAUAGAUUCAAAUGACAGGAAUUUUUUGCAACGCAAAAUACGAGGAGUUAUUUUAAAUUUAGGGUGUUUGGUUGGUUUACCAAGUUUUCAGGCAAAAGCUUUAGAAUUAUUUAAAAAAUAUUUGAAGGAUAAGAUUAAACCAGAUCCAGAUGUCAGAAGAAUAGUAUAUUACUAUGGAAUGGCAAGUGGAAGUGUUGAUGAAUGGAAUCAAUUGUGGAAAUUAUUUUUAAGUGAACAUGAACCUCAAGAAAGAAUUAAAUUAAUGUAUGCUUUAACUGCAGUUAAAGAACCAUGGAUAUUAACCAGAUUGAUACAAAUGGCUAAGAAUGAAAGUUGUGUCCGUUCUCAAGAUUAUUUUAUCCUUUUAACUAAUAUUGGACACAAUCCAGUAGGUUCACUACUAUUAUGGGACUUUUUAAGAGAUGAAUGGGAAUAUUUAGUUGAUCGUUUCACUCUUAAUGACCGUGCAUUUGGACGACUCAUUCCUUCAGUGUGUGCACGAUUUAACUCUCCAAGACGCCUUGAAGAGAUGAAAGAAUUUUUCUCUAAAUACCCAGAAGCUGGCGCUGGAGCAGCUGGUCGAAGAACUGCUCUUGAAGCUGUGUCUAAUAACAUUAAAUGGUUAGAACAGCAUGAAAUAAUUAUUUCAGACUGGUUAACAAAUGCAUUGUGAAAAAAGAAAAUAUUUGUUUGAAAAUAUAUAAACAUAAAAGAAACAGGGUACAUUGAAUUUUAUGGAAGAUAGAUUCAUUUAUUCCAUUUAUUUUUUAGGUAUUAUACAAGUUUUAAAUCUCAUGUAAUUUAUUAAAAUUCAAGUAUUACUUUUUAAUUAUUAUGAAGUUUCAUUUGUGGGAUUAAUGUAUUAAUUAAUUUUAAAACUUAAAAAUAUUUUUAUUUAAAAAUGAUUUAUUAAUCAAAAUUAUUAACAUAUUUAUGAAAAAUUAAAUACAUUUUUAAUUCUAGUUUAAAAAUCUAAUUACAGCCAUGAAUAAAAUGAAUAGUUACUCA